AUGGCGUCCGGCACCGGCGACCCGACGCGCUCCGGCACCACCACCAUUGUCGCGGCGAGGUCCUACCAUGUGACCACGAUCGACGGUUACUCAAGCAGCUUGAACACCCAUGGCUACCGGCCCUCCUACAACUCAGACCCGUUCCGUGCGGGAGGCCGUACCUGGCACGUCAUCUACAAACCCAUGGGGAGCCCGUGCCGCCCAGACAACACCGAGUACAUCUCCGUUUCCCUUGCUCUUGAUGAUGUCGUCGCCGUCGAUGAGGCGGUGAUGGCCAUGGGAACGGAGUGGUUCAUCAAAAGGAAGGACUUGGAGCGAUCGGAGUGCCUGAAGGACUACUGCUUCGCCAUCAGGGUUCAUGUCCAUCUCAUCAAGGAAGCGCCACCCAUGGCGGUGGUGCCACCGCCUGACAUCCACCGGCGUCUCGGUGAUCUCCUCUCCAGCAAGGAGGGCACCGUCGUCGAGUUUCGAGUUCGUGGCGGGAAGACGUUCGCCGCGGACCGGCUGGUGCUCGGAGCCCGGUGGCCGGUCUUCAGGGCGGAGCUCUUUGGCCCUAUGAAGGAGGGCACCACCACGGACGUCAUACAGAUAGGUGACAUGGAGGGGCAAGUGUUUGGUGGUUUGCCCACUUUUGUUUACACGGAUGCGUGGCCAGAGAUUAAGCAAGAAGAAGGAGACGAGUGUGCCAUGGCUCAGCAUUUGCUCGCCGCCGCAGACAGGUACGCCCUGCAAAGGCUGAAGGUGAUGUGUGAAGAGAAGCUUUGCGAACACAUCGACGCAAGCUCCGUGGCAUCUAUCUUGGCGCUGGCAGAGCAGCACCAGUGUCCUCGCCUUAAGAAGGCGUGCUUCAAGUUCCUCGGCUUCUCGUCAGUAGCUUUCCUUGAGGCCAUUGAAUCAGAAGAGUUUUGA